AGGGGCGCCGGGGGAGUGCGGCUGUAGUCUGAGUGGCGGUUGAGCACGAAAAUUGACUGUGGGCCGAGUCAGUAAACUGGUCAGCGCUGUCCCGUGCAGAGUGUGUGCUUCCUUGUGGCGUGCUAGUGAAUUGCCGUGACAGAGUUGUGCGCCAGAGGCGGAAUCCGCCACUUGCCCAAGAGCGAGACUGCCCGAGAGCGGAGAGGCGCAGAGAGACCGGGUGGUUGUGCACAACACUUGGGCCGCAGCGUGCGCGCAAUUGACUCCAAAGUGGUGGUGGUUCGGCAUUGAUCACAAAUCAAGCCGAGAUCCAGCGCCGCUGCCAAGUCAGUUCAACAGUCACUGUGCUCCAGAGUGGACGGAAAUCUCUCGCCAGACCAAGACCUGAGUCCCGUGCUUCAAGCCAAUAGUCUCGCGUUCUCUUCUGUGGACACUUCAACGAGGGAUAAAAAUAGCCACUCUCGACGUUGAGCUUUUUUUAAAGCCAUCGGCACGCAUAAUAAAUUUUAUCGGGUUUCGCUCCUCCUGUCGCUCUUGCCCAUUUCUCUCCUUCCGUCGUCACACACUGUGAAAAUUUAUUUUGAGACUUGUGACGGGGGAAAAAAAGCGGAGAAAAAGCGGGAAGCACGAGAGAUUUCGGUGGUGUGCUGAGCUCACGCGAAAUUCCUCAGCAGAGCAGAGAGUGGCCACGAGACAGUGAGAGAUUGAACCCUCGCAGUGCUAAUCGCGCGAUUCUGCUAGAUCGUCGCGAUCCAGCGGACUGAUAGUGGUUGAUAGGCCAAAUAGCAUCGCGCUGCUAAGCACUGUAAUUUGAAUAAUUUAUGAGCAGCUGAAGAAUAGACAGCGCGGUGUGUGGAAGUGAAGCAAAAAGACAAGGUUCUCUCUAUGCAAAUCAAGCUGUAAAAAUAGUCACAGAUCGAGAAAGUUGUCGAUCAUAUCGGAAAGUUGUGUGCCGUGCAUCGGAGACGACGUUGAACCCUUGCCUAAAUAACAAAAUAAAUAUAGGAGGCUCGCCAUAAAACCACAAAGUAUCAAUUAAUUAAUUUCUCAAGACUCGUGAGCGCUUUGGAAAAUAGCAUUUACUGCCUGCGAGAGGAAGGCGGACCACUUCUUUCCCCCGCGCGCGCCAUCAGCCAGCAUCAGCAUGUCCACGGAAAAGUCGCCCAUUCGUCGUGUCACUGACAUGAUCUCAUGCCGCCAAGUGCUCAACAUCAUGGUGAUCCUGGGCUUCAUGCUCAACUACGCCCUCAGGGUGAAUCUCACAAUUGCCAUCGUCUCCAUGGUGUCCAACGCCACGGCGCCGCUCCUCAACACCACCGACAACUCCACCGUGGCCGAGGCCGCGGCGGCGCGCUUCAACUGGGACAGCCUGCAGCAGAACUUCGUGCUGGGCAGCUUCUUCUGGGGCUACAUCCUCACCGAGCUGCCCGGCGGCCGGCUGGCCGAGCUGAUCGGCGGCCGGCGCGUGUUCGGCCACAGCAUGCUGUGGGCCAGCGUGCUCACGCUCAUCACGCCCUUCGCCGCCAUGCUGCACUACGUCGCGCUCAUCAUCGUGCGCGUGCUGCUCGGCUUCAUGCUGGGCGCCUCCUGGCCCGCCAUCCACCCCAUGAUCGCCGUGUGGAUCAAGCCCAUGGACCGCUCCAAGUUCAUGUCCAACAUGAUGGCCUCCUCGCUCGGCGCCGCCAUCACCAUGCCCAUCUGCGGCUUCCUCAUCGAGUACUGCGGCUGGACGAGCGUCUUCUACGCCACCGGCGGCGUGGGCCUGGUCUGGUCCAUCGUCUGGUUCUUCGUCAUCUUCGACAGUCCCGCCGCACACCCGCGCAUCACGGCCGAGGAGCGCCGCGAGAUCGAGGAGGCCAUCGGCACCACCACGUCCAAGAAGCGCCCCACCUACGUGCCGUGGAAGCAGCUGCUGACCUCCGCGCCCGUCUGGGCCAUCAUCCUCGUGCACGGCGCCUCCGUCUUUGGCUUCUUCACCGUCGUCAACCAGCUGCCCACGUACAUGAAGAACGUCCUGCACUUCAACAUCAAAGAGAAUGGACUGCUGUCGUCGCUGCCUUACCUCGGGAAGUACAUCAUGGCUGUGUGCGCGUCCUACUUGGCUGACUACCUGCGGCAGAGCGAUCGUCUGACCACCACGGCGGCCAGGAAGCUCUUCACCACAUUCGCUGUCUUGCCGCCGGGAUUGUUCAUGAUCGCGCAGAUCUUCAUGGGUCACAAUCGCGUCUUCGCCGUGACGAUCUUCACCAUUCAGUUGACUCUGAAUGGCGCCGUGACGGCCGGAUAUCUGGGCAAUGGCUUGGAUAUUGCGCCCAACUUCUCAGGCACGAUCUUCGGUCUGGCCAACACGCUCUCUUCCCUCUCUGGCUUCCUGUCCAACUUCAUGGUGGGCUGGCUCACGCAGAAGAACCAAACCUACGGCCAGUGGCAGAUUGUGUUCGGCAUCCUGGCCGGUGUGUACAUCUUCGGCUCCCUGGUGUACCUGAUAUUCGGCACGGGUGAGCUGCAGGAGUGGAACAAUCCGCCGGAGAGGAAGAAGAAGGGCGAAGAGGACGCCGAGGAAGGUGUUCCGCUGAAGAACAACAAGAUUUCGGCGUAAAUAUCCUCACCAGUGACAAGAAAUCUCGACGAGACGCGAUCUCGUCCAAUUGUCUUGAGAACCAAGAACACUGUAGCACGAAGUGAUAGUGAAAAAGUAUGAAUUUGUAGAUUAGGAUGUUCGUUUUUAAAAUGAAUUAGUAUAUAUUAUGUCUUUUUUCGCAUUAGACAUUUAGAAAGAAGCAUGAAAAGAGAGAGAGAGACAGAAAAGUGAAUGAAAUUCGUCUCAGAAUCUGGAUUAUCGAAAUGAAACUUGCACAAAUGACAGUCUGACUAAUUCUUAGUUGAAACAUGGAGAUAAAUUAUAUAAUGCGUUAGAGAUUUAUUUCUGGCUAAGUGUUUUCACGUCUUUUGUAUGGAGCAAUGCAUUAGGAUGUGUGAUCCUCGGUGGAUCGCAUGAGAUUUGAGGGUUAGGAUAAUCGAUUGGAUGGCAUAGUGGAGAACAUAUUAUUUCUACUGUUUUAGAGAGCUUUAAUGUUUAAGUCCAUCAAUCCAAGAGUUCAUAUAGUAAGGAUAAAAAAAAUGGGGUUAUGAUAAAUGCGCGCGCAAAACAGCAACUUUUUUUCGUUCUUUUUUGUUGGGAAAACAGUGAUAAAGAGUUGAAAAAUGAAAGGAAAAAACGCUACUUUUUCUACUUAAUGCAUACACAGGACAAAACUUUUACAGAAAUACCUAAUCGAAUACAUUUUUUUUUAAAUUAAAGUAUAGAGAAAGAUUGAUACAAGAUAAGAUUGUAAAUAAACUCUAUUUUUAAUAGAUUUGUAUAUAAUGAGUACAUAAUAAAUAAAAUUUUUGCCAUUACUUUUUAA